AUGGAGAUAUGCGCUGACGGCCAGAGCGUCGCCGUUCAAUCGGAGGAGCUGAAGCGCGACCUGAACGCUCGCCAUAUCAACAUGAUUGCCAUCGCAGGCAUGAUUGGCACUGGCCUUUUUCUUAGCUCUGGCCAGGUCAUCGCCAUCGCAGGCCCGGUCGGUGGCCUACUGGCCUAUAUCAUCAUGGGCUUCGUCACCGCCGGCGUUGCGUACACGACCGGUGAGAUCACCGCCUUUAUGCCUCACACUGGUGGCUUCAUCAGACACGCGACUAAGUUUGUCGAGCCGGCGUUGGGUGCAGCUACAGGUUGGAACUUUUGGUACACCAUGUCCAUCUCGGUUCCCGCUGAGAUCAGUGCUGCCGCCACUCUGAUUCAGUUCUGGAACACCUCGAUUAACCCUGGCGUCUGGAUCACUAUUUUUCUGGUCUUCAUUGUUGGACUUAAUCUUUGUGGUGUCCGAUUAUACGGAGAGUCCGAGGUUUUCUUUGCGACAUUGAAGAUCAUGCUUAUCAUCGCUCUCAUCAUCGGUGGACUCGUCAUCGAUCUCGGCGGCGGACCUAACCACGAGCGCCUCGGGUUCCGAUACUGGAUCAAUCCCGGUGCCUUUAACCAGUAUAUCGAGACGGGGUCGACCGGAGGGUUUUUGGCCUUCUGGAAAGUGAUGCUCACGUCCGCUUUCAGUUACGGAAACAUCCAGGUUGUGGCCAUCUCAGGUUCGGAAACGCGCAACCCCAGGAAGCACAUUCCCGCUGCGACGAAGAAGACCUUUUACCGUGUCUUUUUCUUCUACGUGCUGAGUAUCUUCAUCGUGGGAUUGAUUGUGCCAUACAAUGAUCCUUCUCUGAGCCUCUCCACUGGCACUGCCCAGCAAUCGCCCUUCGUAAUUGCCUUCCAGCGCUCGGGUAUCUCAGUUUUCCCCUCGAUUAUCAAUGCCGUCGUUUGCACGUCCGCAAUCAGCAGCGGGUCGGCUUGCGUCUUCAUCGCGUCGCGAACCCUGUACGGCCUCAGCCGUGACGGCCACGCUCCCAAGCUACUACAACGUUGCAACCGAUUUGGCUCACCAUACUACGCCAUUGGAUUAACUUGUGUGUUGAUGCCUCUUGUCUAUUUGAAUGUCGCAAACAACACGUCAGUCGUCUUCGGUUGGUUUGUAAACAUCACCACUGUCGCCGGAUUGAUUGGCUGGAUAGUCAUCGAGGUGACAUACAUUCGAUUCCACGCGGGGUUGAAACAACAAGGAUACUCACGAGAUGAACUGCCGUAUAAAAGUCCCCUCCAACCAUAUGUUUCGUGGGCAACCCUCGUGAUGGUAUCGUUGGUGGUUUUCUUUUCUGGCUUCGAUAUCUUUGUCAAAGGACAAUUUACCGCUUCGGGUUUCAUAACCUGCUAUAUCAAUAUUUUCAUUUUUGCUGUCUUGUACAUCUUUUUCAAAAUAUUCCUCAAGUCAAAGGUUAUUCCCCUCUCUGAAAUGGAUUUCCAGACAGAGUUCAAAUCAAUGCAGGAGGAGAAGGAGAACGUUGCAAUGCGACCGUCUGAGGAUGGCAAGACGGGUUCUGGGAUCAGGAAAUUUUUCAAUUGGUUCUGAAAUUCAACAAUUUGUAAUGUCUCAGCCAGUGUUGGUGGAAGAAUGUACGCGUACUUCUCUUCUAGAGCCGUUGAUUG